AGACACUUGAAUUUGUCUUAUCCAAAUCUUCAUGAGGAAAGCUGUGCUUACUGAUUUGCAUGAAGUCAUAUAGCUGCUUAAUAGCAGAAGUAAGAUGAAAAACAUCAGUUUUGUGAUUCUUAGGAUAAUGUUCAUUUCCUUAAACUGCCUUGCUUUUCUAGCUUAGUACACUGAUACCUGAUUUCAGCAUCCACACUUUGGUGUGACCUUUUAGGCCAGGGAUAUUUCCCAGUAAUUUUUAAGGUAGACUUACUGAAUCUUUAAUAUUCAUUCCACCAAAAAUUGCUUCUCAAAUGUGUACUGUACAAUAACCACUAUUUUAGAUUUUUGGGGAGCAAGAAGUUCCCAGGACUUAAGAAUGUGGGAACUGGAAAAUAAACAUUUAAGUAAAAAGUAACAGUUUAGGUAGUUAUGAAUGCUGUCGAGGAAACAAAACACCAAUAAAUUAUGUCAGCAGGGUUAUCUAUGUUAGAGUAAUCAGAGAAGAUUUCUCUGGGGAAGUGACAUUUGAGCUGAGACCCAAGUGAGAAAGCUGCUGGCCAUGUGAGGAUGCUGGGGUGGAGUGUUUUAGACAGAAGUCCUAAGUGUGAACAAGUAGGGCAUGAUUGAGGAAAGAAAGUGAACCAUCGGGAGAGUAGGAGAAAGCUCAGAGGACAGUAGGUCUGUGUGAACUGUAGUAUAGAAGUGGGAUUUUAUUCCAAGUGAAAUGGUGUGGUAUUGGAGCAGGGGCGUGACUGACCUGGACAAUAUCACACUACCUGAUGGAGAAUGGAUUGUAGGAGGGGCCGUAGGAAACAGAGACACCAGUUAGGAAGCUGUCGCAUUUGUCCAAAUGAGCAGUCAUUGGACUUGUUAAUACUGAGUGAAGGCAAGGGAAGUAGUGAUAUUUGGAAUUUAUUUACAGAUAUGCUGGGUUUCCUGAUAGGUGUGGGAGAAAGGAGAUAGUGGAAGGAUGGUGAGAGUGAGAGAAGAUGGUGGUAGACUAGGCAAGAACCAUGUUUUAAGGGAGGAGAUCAGAUGAUUUGUCUGGGACUUGUUAAAUUUUGGAUGCCUACUGAUUAUCAAGGAGGUAGGUGAAGAUUCAUUCAUAUCUAGUAUUUUGGGGAGGUCAGGCCUAGAGAUGCAGAUCUGGGAGGCAUCAACAUUAACAUCAUACACUGCAGGUGUUCAGGUGAAGAAGAGAAUGUGGUCCAGAUCUGAGCCUCAUGGCAUUGCAGCAUGUAGAGGUGAGGAGAAGAGCGGUCAGAAGAGUGCCAACGAGGUAGGAGGAAAACAGGAGAAUACCGUGUUGUGGAAGCCAAGAGAAGAGCACGUUAAAUGGUGCUGCAGGGUCAGGUAUGAAGAAGACAUAGAAAUGACUGGUGAGGUGCCAGCCCUGGAGUACAGCAAGUUAAGUGCUACCUGCGAUAUAGGCAUCUCAUUUGAAUGCCAGUUAGAGUCCUGUCUGCUCCACUUCAGAUCCAGCUUCCGGUUAGUGUGCCUGAGAAAGCAUUAGAAGAUGGCCCAAGUUCUUGGGCCUCUGUGACCCAUGUUGGAGACCUAGAGUUCCAGACUCCUGGCUUAUUCCUGGUCCAGCCCAGCUGUUGUGGCCAUUUGAUGAGAGAACCAGCAGAAGGAAAUUCUUUCCCUGUCCCUCCCUCUCUAUCUCUGUAACUCUUUCAAGUAAAUAAAUAAAUCUUAAGAGAAAUGAUUGUUGGAUGUGGCAAUAGGGAAAGCAUUAGUGACCUCAGCUAGAGUUGUUUGAGUGUCGUUGUGGGGUCAGAAGCUUAUGGAGAGGACCAAAGAAUGAAUGGAAAGUGAGAAAUGAGGUUGGUGACCAGAGAUGGUGCUCUUGAGAAGGGAGUGUAGAAAUGGAGUGAUAACAAGAAGGAGGUGAUCAAGUCAAGGGAGCUUUUGUUUUUUCUGUUUGUUUACAUUUUUAAAAUUGGGAAAUUCCCAUGCUUGCUUAUGUGCUGAUGGGAAGUAUCCACUAGAGAGGAAAACUAAUGCUGACUCAGGAAAGAGGAAUUAAUAAGAAUGAAGUCUUGAAGUGGAGCUGGUGGGAUGGGGUUGCCCUUUCCUGGGAGUAGGAAUGCAGUAAUGUGGUGUGAUGUCACAUGUCUCUUGACACACAGCUUUUCCCUUCAGUCGUACCAGUUUGCUUUAGAUCAGGUCCAUCUUUUUGUAAUCACUAGUGUUUUUUCUUUUUUUAAUGUGCUCCAUGUAGUAUGUUAUUUGAGAUUGAGUUCAUUCUGUAAGGCUUAGCAUAAAAAGCUGGUAAUAGUUAACACCAAUUUAAAUUUUUGUGCCAACAGGUGAAGCGAAAAAUUUAUUGCCAUAUCUUGGACCCAACAAAAUGAGAGAUUGUUUCUGUACUAUAAAUUUGGACCAGGAAGAAGUUUAUCGUACCCAAGUUGUUGAGAAAUCUUUAAGCCCAUUUUUCAGUGAAGAAUUUUACUUUGAGAUUCCAAGAACUUUCCAGUAUUUGUCAUUCUAUGUUUAUGAUAAAAAUGUUUUACAAAGAGAUCUUCGUAUAGGAAAAGUAGCCAUCAAAAAAGAAGACUUGAGUAACCACAGUGGCAAAGAAACUUGGUUUUCACUACAGCCUAUUGACUCUAAUUCAGAGGUUCAGGGUAAAGUUCACCUUGAAUUAAAACUGAAUGAACUGAUAACAGAAAAUGGAACUGUGUGCCAGCAGCUUGUUGUACACAUCAAGGCAUGCCAUGGGUUGCCUCUCAUAAAUGGACAGAGUUGUGAUCCUUAUGCAACAGUUUCUCUGGUGGGCCCUUCUAGGAAUGAUCAAAAGAAGACAAAAGUAAAGAAGAAAACAAGCAAUCCGCAGUUUAAUGAAAUCUUUUACUUUGAGGUAACCAGAUCCAGUAGUUACACCAGAAAGUCCCAGUUCCAGGUAGAAGAGGAGGACAUUGAAAAGCUAGAAAUUAGGAUUGACUUGUGGAACAAUGGAAACUUGGUCCAAGAUGUUUUCUUAGGUGAGAUUAAGGUUCCUGUGAAUGUGUUAAGAAAUGAUUCCUCUCAUCAAGCCUGGUACUUGCUACAACCAAGAGAAAAUGGAAACAAGACGUCUAAAACCGAUGACCUGGGGUCUCUUCGAUUAAAUAUAUGCUAUACAGAAGACUAUGUGCUUCCUUCAGAGUACUAUGGUCCUUUGAAAACUUUGCUGCUAAAAUCGCCAGAUGUUCAGCCAAUAUCUGCCUCAGCUGCUUACAUUUUGGGUGAAAUAUGUAGAGACAAAAAUGAUGCUGUCUUGCCCCUUGUCCGACUGCUGCUUCACCAUGAUAAACUUGUUCCUUUUGCCACUGCAGUGGCUGAAUUAGACUUGAAGGAUACCCAAGAUGCAAAUACAAUUUUUAGAGGAAAUUCUUUGGCUACCCGGUGUUUGGAUGAGAUGAUGAAAAUAGUGGGAGGGCACUACCUGAAAGUAACAUUAAAACCUAUUCUAGAUGAGAUAUGUGAAUCCUCAAAAUCGUGUGAAAUUGAUCCUAUUAAAUUGAAAGAGGGAGAUAAUGUAGAAAACAAUAAAGAGAAUCUGCGCUACUAUGUAGACAAAUUAUUCAGUACAAUUGUAAAAUCAAGUAUGAGCUGCCCCACUGUAAUGUGUGAUAUCUUUUAUUCUUUAAGGCAAAUGGCUGCUCAAAGAUUUCCUAAUGAUCCUCAUGUUCAGUAUUCUGCAGUGAGCAGCUUUGUAUUUCUUCGUUUCUUUGCUGUAGCCGUAGUAUCACCUCAUACUUUUCAUUUGCGACCUCAUCAUCCAGAUGCACAGACAAUUAGGACAUUAACUCUCAUCUCGAAAACCAUUCAAACUUUGGGAAGCUGGGGCAGUCUGUCCAAAAGCAAGUCAAGCUUCAAAGAGACGUUCAUGUGCGAAUUUUUCAAAAUGUUUCAAGAAGAAGGAUAUAUUAUAGCGGUUAAAAAGUUCUUGGAUGAAAUUUCAUCUACUGAAACUAAAGAAUCCAGUGGUACAAGUGAGCCUGUGCAUCUGAAAGAAGGUGAGAUGUAUAAAAGAGCUCAGGGAAGAACCCGGAUUGGAAAAAAGAAUUUCAAGAAACGGUGGUUCUGCUUAACAAGCAGAGAACUCACCUACCACAAACAGCCAGGUAGCAAAGAUGCAAUUUAUACAAUUCCAGUAAAAAACAUACUUGCUGUGGAAAAACUGGAAGAGAGUUCCUUUAACAAGAAAAAUAUGUUCCAAGUAAUACAUACGGAGAAGCCACUCUAUGUCCAAGCAAAUAAUUGUGUAGAAGCUAAUGAAUGGAUAGACGUGCUCUGCAGGGUGAGCCGCUGCAAUCAGAACCGGCUCAGUUCUUUUCAUCCCUCUGCAUUCCUGAAUGGAAACUGGCUGUGCUGUCAGGAAACCAGUGAAAACACUCCAGGCUGCAAGCCAUGUACUGCAGGUGUCCCUGCAGACAUCCAAAUAGAUAUUGAUGAAGACAGAGAAACAGAAAGGAUUUACUCACUUUUUACUCUCAGUUUACUUAAACUGCAGAAGAUGGAAGAGGCCUGUGGAACAAUAGCAGUCUAUCAAGGACCCCAGAAGGAACCUGAUGAUUAUUCCAACUUUGUAAUUGAAGAUUCUGUAACAACCUUUAAGACAAUUCAGCAAAUAAAAAGCAUCAUCGAGAAGCUGGAUGAACCUCAUGAAAAGUAUAGAAAGAAAAGAUCAAGUAGUGCGAAGUAUGGGAGCAAGGAAAAUCCAAUUGUUGGGAAAACAUCUUAGAGUUUGACCAAUUGAUUCAGAAGAACUGGAAAAUAUUUUUCUUGGAUUUUCUCAUAUUUUGUUCAUAGUAUUUAAGAAUGAACAUUGGCUUCAAUGUCACUUGCAUUCACAUUGUAUUUAAUAUUUAAUAAUUGAAAUUACCUGUUUGAGACUCCUGGUAUUGAUAUAUUACUAGAGAAUUUGAAACCCAAGAUUCCCUUCAUAUCUUCUGUGUCCAAAUCCAUGUUUCUGCAACAACUUUUUAAUAGGAGAAGUCUUCCUAAAGAAGGUUCCUAAAGACGCUUUGUAACAAAGGGAGAACUCUUCCAUAGCAAGAAACCAUCAGUUCUUGUACAGCUGUUCUGUGGACUUGUUUUCACUACCAUUAGUGCCUGCUCUAUACUGCCAACAUCCGUGUUUUACUAGAAAAAUUUCAAUUCAUGACAAUUCAAAGCUUUCCAUUUAGUUCAUCUAUACCCUCCUUCUUUAAAAAGAAAAAAAAUCCCUUUGGUCCAUUAGUCAUUACAUUAGGUUACAUUAGUGUCAGUAACAGAAACUUCAGAAAACUGCCAGAGCAUUCGUGGAAGUUGGGUGGAUCCUUUGCCUAUGUAAAGAUGCAAACAGAACUCCGCUCGGAAGAAUCAGGGAACAUGUGCUGUUGUGUGCAUUUUGUUUACAUUUGAGAUGAGUGAUGGCAGAUGAAAUAAAAUGAGUCCACUUUUUUCCAUUGUUUUAAAUAUCAGGUACUCAUCUUCUUGAUUUGAAAGUUCAGAUUAACAUGACUUCUAAGGAUAGCUCUUCUGAAAAAGAGGAGAAUGUAAACCGUGAAAGAUGGUGGUGGAAGAAUCACUUGAUUUCACUGGCUGUUUCAUGUUGUAACAAGGGCCACCAUGAGGAUGCCCUUCUUAUAGUGUUAGGUUGUGAUCUAACUCAAGAACAGUCACUCGGCGCACUUUAAUAAUCUGGACUGCCCCAGGUUAUACUUUAGAUACUCCAUGGUAUCUGACUUUUAUGAUCAGUUGAAUGAUCAGUGUUUAAGUCUAGAAAUAAUGUUAUCCUGAAAAUGUUUAUAUUUCAUUGCUAUUUCCUUAUUGCCUGCUAGCCAAAUGGAAUUUGGGCAAGCAGCUGUUUGAAUCCCAUUUUUACCUAAUAAUUUACUUUUGUUCUGAAAACCAUAACUGUAAAUAAGCAGUUGAAGCAAGUUGCCAUCUUAAAGUUAAGAGGGGAUAUAUUUUGCUUCAUCAGUAUUAAAGACCAUGGUACUCUUGUCUUUGUAAUUCCAUUUUCUAAAUGUGGUACUUUGAAACUUGGAGUAUUUAGCUAUGUUUCUUUUUAAAACUGUGACUUAUUAGUGUAAGUCUAGCUAGUAGUGCAUUUUUUAUUUCCCUCAGCAUAAGCUAUAUUUCAAUAUAUACUUUGCCAAUUAUCUUAUUGGUGAUUGUUUUUAAAUUGUAUUGUUUUUAGGUAAUAGUCUGAAGAACAUUGGCAUACAAAGUUGUUUUAUAAAUGUUAUUUCUCUGAAUGUGAAAAAAAAAAUCAACUGGUUAUGUUUAAGAAUCAGUACUAGUCUGUGUUAUGGUUGAUUAUUACUCCUGGCCUAAAGACAGAUUUGAAAGUCCUUUAAAUUUUAUGAACUAGUAAAUCCCAUAAACUACACUGAUUUAUAAAUAUAAAAACUUAGCCAUUUAAUAAAUUUCUCAUUCUUGAAUUUCAUCAAUUAGAAUUCCUCUUAAGAAUCUCUGAAAUGUCUACCUGCGGAUGACUAUGUACCAUUCAUUACUUUUUAGUGAUUCUUUCAUCCUUUGCUAUUUAAGAUGGAAAAUAUUCUAACAUCAGAUCUUCAAUUGUGAUUGUUUUGAAGAGAUCACAGCAAAUCCAAGGAACCCCAACUAUGUGAAGAGAAGGGUCCAGUCAUGUAGUUUUUUUUUUUUUCUUCACAUGGCACUUUAAACAGCCAGUUUGACUGGAGUUAACCUGCCUAAAAGUAAAAAGUAAUGAGAGAUUUCUUUUCCAUGACAGUCUAUUGAAAUAAGAGUCCCUGUCAGUAGGACUCUAAGGUAACCAAGGAUCUUGCUUCCUAGGUCCUCAUUCCUCUGAGGUUACUCAUGAGGACUUUGAUUUUUACUACCUGGGCGCUCUCUGCUUUUUCUGCAUUUGAAAAUAGACAUAACAGGUCACUUCUCCCUGAAAACCCCAGGAUGGAAAGAAAAGAAUGAUAUAGGGAAACUUGCCAUAAAUGACAGUUCUGGUUCUUAGUUUAGCCAUUUCCAUAAAUUGAAAUUGUGGUGAUCUGUGGCUUGUUUUGUUUUUGUUUACUUACGUUUUUUAAUAUUCAUUUAAUAAAAUGAUGGGCAAUAGCAAAGGUUUUUAUUCCCAGGAAUAUAAUUUAUCAAAUUGAACUAUUUUAUUUGCCAAAGAAACACCAUUUUAUCACGGGUAAUGGUUAAAUGUCAAAACUAAGCUUUUUCUAUUAUGUUUAAAAAAGUGACAAAUGAUGUGGCUUUUGUUUGUUUCUGAAACCUGAUUUCAUCUUUUAUUAGAAAGGCUCAUUCAUGCCAGAUUUUGAAAUACAGUUGUUUUCUGUUUUUUUUUUUUUGUUUUUGUUUUUGUUUUUUGUUUUUUUUUUAAGUGAAAGCACCUUUAAUUUGUUCUAACGGUACAUCCUGUAAAGACAGAAUUCCCUAUAGCAUUUUAGGUGUCCUUACAGUAUGUGAAAAAUACAAGACUCAUUCUAGAGUUGCAUAUCAAUCUUAAUUGAUACUAUCUGCUUCCAUUUUUAUUAACUUGGAAAUUAAUAUGUUGCUGGUAAAUAUUGGUUUUUACAGUGUCCAGUUGAAAAUGUAAGUUAUCGAAACUUAAUGUAGUGAAUUUGUGUAACCAUGUUGUAUUGUUGAGAAUGUAUUUUUAUUUAAAUUUUAUUUUCUUAUCAAGAGUAUUAUAAAAAUUAAAAACUUUUGUAACUGUCGCUUGGAAAUAACUCAAAUAAAUUACAAGAAGCAUG